AAGCCGGGUCGGCUCGAAUUCGAAAAUCGGACGAGCGACGAAGCAGACGAUAUUCCGCCAUACGGUAGCAGCAGCAGCAUGAACGUCGGCAGCGAUAUCGCGCAGCUGUCCUAUAAGGAACUGCAGGCCCUGGCCGUGAGGUAUCGUGUACCGGGUAACAUCAAGAAGAAAGUACUGGUCAAGGUUCUGCAAACCGCUAGAAGCGGAAAUGAGGUGGAGUUCUACCGAAUGUUACACGAGCUAAGGAAGAACCGCAAGAGGAAGACCAGAAAGUCGAGGGACUCUAAGCUCGGGAUGACUUCGACGCCGCUACAUAGUCCCGACUAUAUAAUGGCCGACGACACCUAUUACUAUCAGCAACAGCAGCCGCAGCAACAGUCGCCUUAUCAGUGGUGCUUUCCGUUUUUACAGAUUGGUGCCGAGGAGGAGAUCGUGAGUAAAGAAGAUGAUAAAAUCCCGCACUACGAAGAGUUCAAGCAGUUUCUGCUCAAAAGUUUUCAACGAGAAUUCGAAGCAUGCGAUAAUAACAAUAAUCAAGUGGAAGAUCCGAGUAUCGUAGAUUUGCGGACGGCACCGAUGUCGCCCAAUCUUCAAACCAUUCCUCUUGUCGAGCCGAGCUAUACGAGAACGAGUCCGAUUAACGACACGGAUCCACUUGCGAUCUCGAACGACCAAUCAAGAUCGAGUUACCAGGUGCUAAAGGAACCCGAGGAAAGCUCGCAGGGCUCGUUCUUGCUGAAGAGAAUGUUACAGGCGCCGGUGGGCGCCAAUCUAGGCGAGAUUGCCAGCUCUCUUUUCUGGACCGGUAAUAUAUUGGACAAUUCCGACACCCUGACCGCCGAGUCGGAGUGUAACGAAAACGAGGAGCAGCUGAAUGUAAACACUAACGAGUACUACACUAAUUUGCUAAAGAAUUCCAGAGGCGAAUUUCUGGUGAACGAGGCAAGCCUGGUUCCUCAACAAGUUACGGGCGUAUUAGCCGGAGAAAAUCAGUAUAGGUUUUCCAGUGAAGUAGAAAAUCAGCCGAAUUCCUAUCAGAAUUGGACGAUAACUAGCGUAAUGGAAGUGCCUGACAACAACUAUGGCGAUUUACAGCAAUCCUCCAAGGUGUUUCAUGCAAUUUAUUACAACAACACGGAUCCUACUGGGGCCGUCGCAAACGUAGAUAAAAAUCUGGCUUAUCAGUAUCAGACAGAAACUGCCUGCAACGGUGGACAAAAUUUUAACUUUGACACGCAGGAUAAUAUUAACUAUACGACAGGCACCACGGACAUGAUGACUAACGAUUCCUCCGACAUUUAUUAUCUACAGAAUUUUGGCAAGCACAAUGGGGAGAUGGGUAUGAGAUAUUUUCGCAACGUUGAUACUUUUGAUCAGAACAACAUGCAGCAAAAUAUCUACACAAACGAGCAACAGUAUCAAUACCUUUAUCCUCGAUGCACUCAUCAAGAGAUGAACAACCCGUUAAACGAGAGAUUUGAGCAACAGCAAAACAAUUUUGUGACAGGAUAUGAAAAUAAUGUUAAUCAAGAAACUCGUACAGAGAAUUUCCAGAGACCGGUAAAUGGAACAACGGAGAAAUUUUGGCCGAAGUGGACUCCCGAGCCCAACACCAAUCUGGAGAAUAUUCUGAACUACCACGUUUCCAAACAAGUAGAUUACUCGAAGUUAAGUCAGACAUCCUGUGUCUAUUGCUACGUGGCUCCGAUCGUCUCUCAACGAUCCAGCCUGGCGAUUAACGGAUGCUCGAUCGAACGAAGAUACACCGCCGAGCAACGGCAACAUUCUUUCUCACCCUACUGGAUGUUAUACAACGACACGUCACAAGGUAUGCGAAUGACGAAUGUGCUUGGCAAUCCGGUCGAGCAGUCCGUGCCGACACACACGACUAUCAUCACUAACAACGACUUGAGAGAGACCACUAACAAUGUUUCCAUCAAUGAUGUGUGGAUGAAUCAAUACGCGCAGUCAUCCAUCGCCAACGACAUCCAGAUGUCAGAUCAUCUUUUUUACAAUGUCACCGUUGGUCGGAUCAACGAAAUUCCAAACGCGCCGGAUAUAGCGAAGACUUAAAGUUUGCGCGCACGAAAUAAUACGACAGCAUACAAGUAACUAGAAUAAAAUCAUUUGAAGUGGAAUGCAUAGCAUUCAUCAUACCACGGAGUAACGAUGAGCAAUCGUUUUUCCAAUAUAAUCGCGAUUUUUUUUUUUUUUCGUUUUUAAAUUACGGAAGGAUCUUGUUAUUGUUCUUUGGAAUUGAGACAAGCAAAGUUCAUCCAUCUUUGUGUAACACGCAAGUGACGCAAUUGAAUAAUUAUUUUGUGCAAUGCCUCAAUUGAGACAUUAGCGAGGCGAUUUUUCGCUUUUGCAUCAGCGACGAGUGACAUGCACGAUUAUUUCAGUGGCUUGUAACUGAAAUGAAAGCGAUGACCGAACAGAGAGCAAUAACAAGCAAAAA